CGGUCAUGGGUGGGGUGCGCGCCACAGCCGGUGCUGGCCAUAUCAGGGUCACAAAACUGGGGAUACGAUAAUUAUCCGACUGGAUGAAGUCAUAGCGUUGCACUUUGGUCGUCGGCGCCGAGUGUGGGCACCCUUCAGCCUCGUUGAGGACAGGCAUGAUGUAGGACAAGGGGAGGAAAUACGAGAUGGCAUUUGAAUAUAAGAGAGAUGGGAUGCUGCUCUCUUUAGGCCUUCAUCCAAACAUCAUCUCAUCAACUCUACACUAAUACUUAAUCACCACAACCACCACUUCCACACUUCAACAACACCACCUCAACCAUCAACAUGAAGUUCACCUCCGCCGCCGCUGUCGCCUCCAUGGCCGCCAUCUCCUCCGCCCUUCCCCAGGCGUCUGUCUUCCCUCGCCCCGAGGCCGGCGAUGUCUUCCGCCUGAUGUCUCUGCGCUCCGCCACCCCCAUCCAGUACGGCAACGUGCAGGCCGCCAACGGCAGCCUCCUCAUCAACACUCCCUCCGAGAACAACAAGACCUGCGCCGUCAACGGUGACCGCGAGAACGUUACCAAUGGCAUCAACUACGCCUCCUUCUCGCUCGACGAGGAGACCGGCAGCGUCUACAUCUACACCUUCAACCCCCCUCUCCAGCUGUACGUCGACCGCAGCGGCAUGGGCCAGGGCAACGUCCGCUACACCACUGGUGUCCAACCCAUUGGCAAGAACCAGGAGCGCGGCCCCUUCAAGAUCAACGACGACGGUGACCUUGUCUUCGCUGCUGGUGGCCUCUCCGGCGACAUUGGCUUCCAGGCUUGCCCCGGCGCUGUUGGCGGUGGCUGGAAGAUCUGGCUCUCUGGUACUGAGAAGCCUGCUGGUUCCGAGGGCUGCACUCCCUUCACCAUGAAGGCGCUCAAGGAGGAGACCACUUACAAGUGCCUCUACUCCUCUUAGACGCUGAGUUGGUGGAGAUGUUUCGAAACUGUAUAUAUUAUCGCAUUUGAGCGUCUGCAUAGCUUCUUGUUUAUAAUCUGAUAGAAUUGGAAAUGACAAUGACAAUGUUCAUCUAUA